AUGAAAGAUCCAACGAAACGCCUCAAGAUGUGGGCAAAUGGGUAUCGAAUGGACGAGUUGCACAGUCACCUAGGUGAUGUCGGCUGUCGUUUGGUGCUGGGCGAAAAGGAAGACGCGCACAAGUUUAUUUUUCACUUCUUGUCAGCCAUGCCCAUGUGUCUACCAGCUUUCAGUGGCGCAGUGUUCAACAUCAUUGAAUUUAAUACUUGCAACACCCAAGCCAGGCAGUCAAACGGUGCUCUCGAUGCCAAAUACCUUGAGCGCAAUCGACGCGUUUCGUCCGAUCGCAUUGUCGUGGAAAACUUCUUCGGGCGUGUUUGCUCCCUGUGGAGAAUUUCAAGCACGACGUUCACCUGGGGCGAGAAGAUCUACCUUUCGCUUCAGAAGACUACGUUUGCCUUGACCAACUUCCAUCUGUCAUUGCUGCCCUUGCGCGCAGAGGACGAAAACUACUAUGCCAUGUUUCUGGCUCCUACCAGUGCAUGGCGAGCGAGAAGAAGCGAAAGCGUGCUGAGACUCAGCGCCGUUAUCGAUUGA